AUCCAUCCAUAUAUGUCCCGUGAACUCUAUCCAAGCUUGCUUUUCCAAUCCCUAAUCCUAAUUAAGAACACUCCUAUUACAAGUUACUGAAUACAUUUGACAAAUCCAUUUCUAAUCAGAUAUUUCAUAUUUUUCAAUUCGUUCUUACGUGUGGGAAACUCAAACUCCCUUCACGUACCAUACACCACCUAACAGUAUAUAUACAUCCAUACCAUACAUACACUUACCUCUUAUCUACCGAGGCUUUCGUUAAUUGGGCAACACUUAGGUACGUACGGGAGUCAUCAUGGCGACCACGGAUGAUAAGCCGGCGGCGGCGGCGGCGGCGGCACCGGAGGAGUACAGCAAGAAAGAGGCCGUGGCGGCGGCGGCGGCGCCACAGGCGGGUUCUAGUAUUGAACAGGGAAAGGCGCCGGCGGGGCUUCGAGGAGUUUUACUGCGAGCAGACUACUUGGCGGCGGACGUGGGGCUGAGGAUAUUAAUAUUCGCGACGACGCUGACGGCGGUGGUGGUGAUGGCCACCAGCAAGCAAACCAAGUUGGUUCCGGUGCCCGUCCCCCCCUUCUUAGCCCCCGUCGCUGGUAAAUUCCAAAACAGUCCGGCCUUCAUAUAUUACAUAGCAGCAUUAUCAGUAGCUGGCCUGUAUAGCAUUAUUUCAACACUGGCAUCUUUGUCAACCAUCUCAAAGCCAGCUUUCUCAAAGAAGAUAUUUCUCUAUUUGGCAUUACUCGAUGUGCUAAUGUUGGGGCUGGUAGCCUCAGCCACAGGCACAGCAGGGGGUGUUGGAUAUAUAGGAUAUAAGGGCAAUUCACAUGCCAACUGGCUCAAGGUGUGCAACAUUUAUGACAAGUACUGUCGAUAUGUUGCAGUAUCUAUUUUUAUCUCCUUGGCGGCCUCUAUUCUGCUCCUGCUGCUCGUGAUGCUCUCCAUAUUCUCCCUGCACUGUCGGAGUCGCCCUUAGAUUGGUUUCUAAAGUCCGGACAGUUGAAUGCCAGCUGCAUCCUUACUGAAAUUGUGUUACAUUGUGAACCUUAAUGCUGUUUAUCUGUCAAAAUCUGUAGUUUGUAUAUGUCGUUGUCUACUUCUGCUGAAUCUUGAAUUUAAUUUGUCCUCUAUUAAUAUUUAAA